GCGCAGCGUACGGUACUAUUUGUUUGGAGGGAGGUUGAAGGCACUCAUACAAGCUCAGGAGAGGCUGUGUCGCCGCGGCCCGCCAGUUUACCGUUGCGAGGCGUGUAGCGCGGCCAGUUGUAGCCGCAACGCGCGCCGCCGGCUCCCACUCACAGAUCCAGGACUGUUUCCCGGAACCAGGACUCUUCUCCCUCUGUGCACCUUAAGGUGGUUUAUAAACUUUUGGAAACUUGUUCUCUUCUAUAGAGACGAAGUGCUUCAUCUGGUGCUUAAUUCGCCGGAGUGUUAAUCCGAUUUCUGGUUGUUUAUUGGAUCGCUUUUAUUCAUCGACAACGAAACACAUCUGGAUCGGCGUUAUUAAACAAAAUACAAGGCCAAGGAUCUACUUCUGCACUGACGCAAUAACCAUGGCAAAAAAUUCAGAACACUACGGUAUUGCCACCAAGAGACAAGUAAAUUGAGUUCUUGAAGAGUGAAGAUCAGGGUUGGGGUGAAUAAUGGGAAAAAGGAACGUACGGAUCAAGUUCGCACAUUCCAUUGGUCCGCCGACAGAGCCGCGCGCGUCGGGCCUCUCCGAGUAGCGCCCCAGCCCGCGCCAGCGCUUGCGCAGCACUAUCAGUUACCGACGCUCUAGCAACUGCCAAUAAAGUACAAGUCAUACCGGGUUAUAACUCACUUAUUUAAAUUUAGAUGUAUUUAUUGUAGUACAAAGACAUAGCAAACCGACAAGGUGAAAGUUUGCUUUAUGUAGCAAAACUGAUCGAUGUAGAAGAUCGAACCGAGUAGACGUCCUCGGUUGAAUAAUUGAAACGGUAGACAUGACGGCCACUGCCCCAGAACUGUCAAAGUCAGAUUUCUUUGAUUUCGUGACGUCGAAUGAAGUUACUGAUGCUCAGUAUAAGCAACAAAUGCGUUCUGUGAAUGUUUUCAUGGAAUCUCCUGAUUCAAGAUCAAAUCCGUUACUUUCGGAAGAGCCCAAGGAACAAAAUAAUAAUAGUCUACUAAGUAUUUCAGGCCCGCAACUCCCCGCUAGUACUAAUAUGGCCACUGCGACCACUUCAACUACCUUGCAAAGUUUUGAUUCCAUUUGGAACGUUGACCGAGAUCGUGACCGUUUGGAGACAGCUAUGCUGGAAGAUUUGAACAAAUAUUACUGGAAUCAAGACAGUGAAAUUAAUAGUUCUCAUCCGUGUAAUGACACAACAAUAUCUAAUAAAUUAAUCAGCAAUACGGAUGGUCAAAUAUACACACUUACAGUACUCAACCAAGACAUCAAUGAAACUAGUACGAACCGUUAUUGGGGAGAAAAAGAAGAGGUAUCAAUUUCAAGCCCUGCUGACAUAGAGCAACCACCUUCUCUAGAUCUCGAAACGAUAUUAAAUAUGAAUGGAUUUCCAAAUGACUUCAAUCAAGACUUACCAAAAGUAGAAGGUUUCAAUUAUGAUGAAUGUGAUUCAGAGUCACAAAGUACAGAAUUAAGCUCAAAUGGUUUAAUAAAAGUGGUAUCUUAUGAAUAUGACGAAGCGGAGUUUUCGAGCGGAGAAAAGAAAGAUGACCCCCAUAGUCCACCAGUGAGCACGCCAAGCAUACUGGAAAAUCAAGUUGAAUUUAAUAACAAUAACAAUGAUUGGAAACUUACGGAUCAGAAUACGGAAGCAAAUGAGUCUUUACUAAGAAGUGCAUUACAGGGAAAAGGUAUAGGUAUUAGAUAUAGUACCAUACAAAAGAAUACAAUUAAAUUAGAUGGAAGCACGGAAUUAAAAAGGGUAAUUAUCAACAACAACAACAAAGCCGAUGUACCUUCAAUGUAUCACGACAAUAAGGAUUCUGAUCAAGAGUUACUUAUGGCAAUAGGGCCAUCUAACGGUAUUUCAAUAUUAUUAGAAGAUCCAAAUACUGUUUUGUCUAACGGAGAGAAUCCUUCUUCGACGCAAAGUGUCGACGACCUAAUUUUGUCGCGGUUGGAUUCAAAUUACCCAGAAGACUAUGAAAAGUUGACAAGGAUAGCGACCGAAUUAGGUGAAUCUAUACAGCCAUACUGUACGGUAGAACCCAUCGACCCAACAAGAAAUGUGUACAACAUCCAUCACGUUAACGGAGAAUUAGUAACCAUGAUCCCCGCCAGUGAUGUCCAGUUACCCCAGCACAUACAAAUAGUCACCGCCUCACCGACUGUGACGAGCACAAAAAGUGCUAACAAAAAAUAUAAUAAAAGACUGCAGAAUAAAAAUUCACCACCAACGGUUCAAGCGCAGUCGGGCACAGCAAUUCAAGCAGCGACGUCUACGUCAAACGGUGUCAGAAAAGAAAGAUCGUUACACUACUGCUCGAUAUGUUCUAAAGGGUUCAAAGACAAGUAUUCGGUGAACGUACACGUGCGAACGCAUACGGGGGAGAAACCAUUCUCCUGCUCACUAUGUGGCAAGAGUUUCCGGCAAAAGGCUCACCUCGCGAAGCACUACCAAACACACAUCGCCCAGAAGAGUCCGGCAGCCAACGGAGCAGUGAAACCGACCAAGCAGAGGUAACCAAGCGGCCAUCUCUUAAACCGGUCGUUCAUAUUGAUAGUCAAAUGAACUUUGCUGCAUUGAUAAACACAAGUAUGUUUAAUUGAAUACCUAAAGGCUGAAAUAUCUCAGAUGAAUUUGGUAAGGUGCUAAUGUAGUAGUUUUAUAGAUAACAAGGCAGUUGUAAACGAGAGAUUUAAAAGUUCUUGGUCAUAAUCUUAUUUGUUAAUUUGUAUGUAAUUCCGUCCGUUACCGAAUACUUUUUAGCUUUAGCAAGCUUUAGUUAUAAACAGAUACUUUAGGUAAGUGUUUUUAAGUAAUUACAAGAUAGUGAUAAAGUCUUCAUUCCACAUUUAUUAGUCAUAUUAGUAUUAGUUUACAAUACAACGAGUCAUACAUAAUAAAAUAUCAUCACUUUUGUUAAUGUUCGGGUAUGAUACCUAAAUUUUUAUUGACCCACACGCCUGAUAUCAAACAUAGUGAUGGCAAAUUUUUAGCUUGACUUAUAGCAAAAUGAAAAAGCCAUUAGAUAACCGCCGACAAUGAUGAGCAGUGUUGGGAUUACUGCUCGCCACCGCCGUAAUUUCUCUUGAAACGCGACCGACUAAACUUUCUAAAAAAUAAAAAAGCAGAGUAAAAGAGCAAGUAUUCAGUAAGUACUUGCCAUCUUUCACCGCUCAAAUAUUAUCGCUUCUCCGGAGCAACAAACCUCUGCUCGGUUUAAUAUAAUAUUAUUUUCCUUGUACACACUCGUAUUUGCUAAUCUCCACUCUUACAUAAUACAUACUCUUUCUAAUGGUAGGUACUCUGACCGUACAGUGUUUAUUUUUACUAAAAAUAAUCACUUGUAUGUUAUUAUUUCAAUAACCCAUUUGGUAGCUAAAAUACAAUUAUUUGUAUGUUCCGAACAAAGCGGUGAACGGUUUCGCUAUCCAAUAUUACAUCUUUCGCUUGAAACUCGGAGAGCCCUGAUUGCCCAUAGAUUGCUAUAAAUUAGAAAUACAAGCGGUAGUUCAAUCAUGAUCUUUAAAAUUGUGUUCCUUUCUCGUGUAACGAAUUGGUCUUUCUUUGUCGAAGUACCCAUCAGCGGAGGUGCGCCUCACAUUGUUUACACUGCACCGAAGGCCCGUAAUCAUUUCCUUGCACCUGCUUGCAUCGACAACUUCCAACAUGAAAGCAGUCGAAAGUGCCACUAUUAGUGAAAAACCGUACAUCGUGAGCACCAUCCCAUGAUCCAUUUUACUGUCAUUCUAGAAAACAGAUCACUUUGAUAACACUUGCUGAUUUUAAAACAAUGAGCUUUCACGUUUUUGGACACCAAUCUGGAGAUUAUUAUCGUCUAUUAAUUUCCAAAUCAGGGUAAUUUGUGUUCAACCGCAGCCAACUUAUUCGGUUAAAUUGCGUCUGUUCAUUAAUAGAUUACGCUGCAGAUUAUAUACAUAUAAAAAGUGAAAUGAAUUUGAUUUGGUCCGACCUCCAUAUCAGGAAACUUGGUCUCUGUAAUGAGUAUUGAACUGUUCAUGACUCAGCAUGUCUGGCGCGGGCGGCGUGCGGCGGGCGGCGGGCGUGAAGGCGUGUAUCGCGCUGCGGUUUCCGUCUCGAAAACAUCUUUAUUUAGCACAGCUAAAUUCCAUUUAGUUAUUCCGAAUCAAGUUUUUGACCGGUGCUUAUUUGAUGAUCCAAGUGAGGCUAGUACAUCAAAAUUGCAUCCAUGCAUGUGGUUCGGUUACGGGUUCUGGUAGAAAAGACGAAGAAAAGGAAAUGUUUAAUAUUAUCUUGGGUCCGGGGUCCUAUCGGUGUUAUUGCUUUUUUUUAUAAUAAGUAUAAGCUCUUAAGCUACCAACUUAUCUUGGGAUCAGAGCGAUUCUGUGAAAUGAUUUUUUUAUUUCACUGAUAAAGUUUAAAUGGGAUUAUAAUAUACCUACUUUCACAUUAAUAACAGUCAAUAUCAUCAAAAUUAUAUAAAUAAUCAUAGCGAAUUAGGUCACACUUACUUGUACUUAAAAUUCUAUACUUCAUUAAGUAUCAAGUUGAGUUCAAAAUUACUUAGAAACUUGAAUCAUUAUUCAUUCGCCAUACAUCUAUACGGGCGCAAGCGAAAUUGUAGAAAAAUAUAAAGCAAUCUCUUUAUUUUAGUAAUAAGUAUACCGACUUUUGGUAUUGUAAUUUUCAGUCUGAUAAUAUAUAAUUGAUGCAAUCAUCGAAAUAAAAUUGAACCAGUGCUAAGGUCAAACUUACAGCUGACGGUCAGCCGCUACACGUCAAAGCUCCGAAUCUGAGAACCCGUUACGCAGCACAAUGUCGCCACGACCUAACACGUUUCAUUCUCUGGAACUAUUUCUAUUAACUUUAAAGGUCAAAACACUUAAUAAGCAAUAAUGGGUUUUAAUUUGCAACACUCCCUUAAAACGGCAGCCUCGAUUGUUUUCAAUGAAAAAAGAUUCCUUAAACACGCGAUAGGCUGACAACGAUGACCGAGAGACGUGAUUGUUGAUUUUUAAGAAAAAAUAGUACUUCUUAGAAAAACUCCUUACAAUAAACCAUCCAUGGAUAUCAAAUGUGAGGUGUGUAUUUGUCAAACACAAUGACCUUAAUUGGUUCGCCGUGGAAGCCGAAUACAAUAGUGUUGCGGUACUCGGACACAGUAGUUUGAUUAUGGCUUUAUUGAUAUCAGGAAUGUGCGAAGUCAUAUAGACAAGAUUGAAUAAUUAUAUUACAGUUAAAAUGUUUACAAGUAACCUGUAGACAAAGUCAAUCAUACUCGAUUUAAGAACAAAAUAACCGUGUAAAUGAACAAAAAGCAUUGUUUAUGUUACAUAACAUGACACUCGUUACGAAGCCUUUAAACAGAUGUUCAUUGUUGAAGAGAAACGAAUAGAUAAUAAUCUAAUACAAUUUUAUUAGUCCCAUAUACAGUAUUUUUAACAAGUUUUUUUUUCACUUGUAAUCUAAUUCACUCCAACUAGGUCUUGCCAAUAGGAACUCCUAACUCUGUAAAUAAGUCAAGUAUUAAUUUUAACGAACACUGCCUAUGAUUGUCCUUUUUCUCUAAAAUAUCUUGUGUACUCCAAAGCUGUAAAAGUAUGAACGUAAAACUAUAAAGAGUCUUUAAAUAUACCGCGCAAUUAUUAUUUAAUUGCCAAGAUAUUUAUUAAAGGACCGAAUACGGUGUCAUUCCAUUCCUAUAAGCACUUACCUUUCUUUCCGUGCUGUUUUCAUGUGUAAGAUUAAUGGUUUCCGCAAAUUCCUGCUCGGUUCUUCUUAUACGUACCUUGAAUAGUAAUUUAGAUUUACGUAAAUACAAUGCUCUAAUCUUUUUAUGUCUUUCUUCUGGUGAUAAACCAUGUCCUAAAGAUCCUGCCCGAUAAGGAUAAUGCCUUCCAAAACUGAAAUUGGUUUAAAAUGUAAGUAUCUGCGUAACGGUCGUAUGAUCACAAGCCGUGAUAACUGCUUACCAUUUAUUACCUAGACAGUUACCACGAUUGUUUUGUUACAUGGUAUAGUGAUCAUCAGAAGGUAAUAAGAUCAGACGCUGCCUCUAAAGCUGAAAAAACCCAUUUGGGUCAUAAAGCUCAUAUUUCUCUACUCGAGACGUCACUUCCGCAAAUCAGUUGGCGGUUGGCAGCAUUUCAAGUUGUCAGUGCCCCAUCGGCCAACUAUUGUAUAUAUAUAUAUAUAAAUGUCAAUUGCAACGCCCGUUGUAAAUCGUGGUUGUCUGACAUGCCUUUUAAUAUUGUUACCUUUGAACUAUCAACGUCUGAACUAAACGAUGAUCUGGGAACCUAUUUUUUAUAUUUAAAAUUUUAUCAAUAGAAUUAAAGGUUGUCUCACUAAAUUCUAUUUCUCACCGUAGCAGCAAUUUGUAGGUCACUAUUGUCUAAUGGCUCUCUGAAUGUUUUCAAUCCAUGUCUAUUAUUACCUAUAAUUUACCGUUAUAUAAAAUUGCAUAUUUUCUCUAUCAAUCUACAUAGGGUGCCGAGAUUUAACAAAUUUAAAUUUCGCUGUAGAUUGUAGGUUCUCAUUUUCUCGUUGUAACUAAAGCCAGAAGACACUCCUAAUACAAUACUCAUUAAUUGUAAAUAAAUAAUGAAGAAUUAAGAUGGAAAAUAAUUUGUGAAGUAAAUUAUACUCUACCACUCGUAUCUCAUUAGAUGGUAUUUUGAAAAGUUAGCGAAUUUAUAGAUUAAGUAAGGUUAUAUUAAUAAAUAUACAUCUUUAGAGAGAUUUACCAAUUUGACAUAAGAGAACUCUGGCUACCUAUGGUAUUUUAUGCCCGAGCAUAAAUGGUUGUUAAUAUAUUCAUGAAAUAUAUUAAAUUAUGUUGGUAUAUGAGAACAUAUUUCGAAAAGGUUUUUUAUUAAUAUUGAUCGAUUUUUAUUGCAUUUGUUCCUGAGUUGAUAAUUAGAUUUUAUUGAUUAAUUAUUAUGUCUGUUAUUAAGAUUUCUAUGAAUAAUUUGUGCAUGAUUAAUUUAAUUUUAUGUAAUUUUCCAAGUUUAUUUUUAAGGAUGUAACGGUAAAAAAUGCAUUGAAUGUAACGCUCAAGCGCUACCAGUUGUAAAUACCUAUUAUUUAUUUUAGAAAAUGUGUAUUUUGUGUUCAUAAAUGAAUUUGGAUCAUAUAAAAAAUGCAGAAAAAAGACAAAAGUGAUCUGUUGCAUCCUUAAAACGUACACUUGUCUUGUACAAUAUUUUCAUUAUUUAUUUUAGAAUUAUGGUUAAGUUGAAAAAAAGGAAAAACAAAAGCAUAAUUGUAUUUUUGAUUAACCGGAGCUGUGAUUUAUGUUUAUCUGUAUGUCUUUCAACGGUGUCAUUAUCUUUCGGAGACAACGAAAUAUUUGACACUGAUACAAUCACUGAGGUCUUCCAAGCUCUGAAAUUGUAAUGAGAGUAACUCUUUUAUACUGUAACAACUGUUUGGUGCGGUAGGUAGAGUAAAAAUAAUUAAUUAUGUAAUUUACCUAUCGUAACGCAUUCGGGAACCUUAGUUGCUUAUCAGAUUUGAUCUGAUCACGUAUCAGUAUCGUCAAAGGUCUGUUUAAUGUUAUGGAAUAAUUAUAGCUACCAUAUUUUUACAGAUUUACAGUUUUGUAUUGAUUUUCUUAUAUUUUUACUUUCCUACGAUAGUUUGC